AUGCCGGAAUACACACGAGAGCUGAAUGCCAUCAUCAUCGGCGCGGGCCCGGCCGGUAUCACCAUGGCCUACCGCCUCCGGGAGUUGGGAUUCGAGGACUUCACCAUGUACGACAAGCUCGAUGGCGUUGGCGGGACAUGGCGAACGAACACGUAUCCCGGCUGUGGUUGCGAUCUCAAGUCUCAUUUGUACUCGUUUAGCUUCAACCCGAACCCCAACUGGUCCAAGGAACUCUGCGAGCAACCUGAGAUCCUGCAAUAUAUGGAAGACACCGUGGACAAGUUUGACCUGCGCAAGCACGUCCACCCCUCGGUCGAAUGCAUCGGCGCCAAAUGGAUCAGCGAAGAGACGAAGUGGGAGGUGCACUUGAAAGACCUGAAGACGGGCAUCUCAUACUCGAGGAAGGCCUCCGUCUUCGUCUCGGCCGUGGGCGCCAUCUCGUUCCCCCGCGACGUCAAGUUCCCCGGCAUGGACGACUUCCAGGGCGACAUGUUUCACACGGCGCGAUGGGAUCACGGCGUCAGCUGGAAGGGGAAGCGCGUCGCCGUCAUCGGCAACGGCUGCAGCGCCGCCCAAGUCGUGCCGGCGCUCGCCAAGGACGCAGCCUUUGUCAAGCAGUAUGCCCGCAGCGGCCAGUGGUUCCACGACCGACCCAACCGCGACUACAGCGAGUUGGACAAGUUCCUCUUCCGCUGGGUGCCCCUGUGGCAGCGCUGGCUGCGUCUGAAGAUCUUCCUCGUCGCUGAUGAGGAGACGACGACGUACUUUCCAACCCCCGCGGGCGUGAAGCUGCGGACCGAAGUUGAGGAAGAGUCCAAGCGAUACAUCCGAUCCAAGGUCCCCGAGAAGUACGCCAAGUCGCUCAUCCCCAACUUCCCGCUGGGAUGCAAGCGCCGCAUCUUCGACCCCGGCUACCUCGACAGCCUGAACCGGGCCAACGUCGAUUUCCUGGCCGAGGGCAUUAAGGAGAUCACCGAGACCGGCAUCAUCAGCAGCUCCGGGAUCGAGGACGACUUCGACAUCAUUGUGCUGGCGACGGGUUUCCAGGUGUCGCAGUUCUUGACCCCCAUGCACAUUGUCGGCUCGACUGGAAAGUCGCUCGAGGAUCAAUGGAAGGAAUGUCGCGGUGCUCAGGCGUAUCUGGGCACUCAUGUGCACAACUUCCCUAACCUGGCGAUUCUCUUUGGCCCCAACACGUUCCCUGCCAACAACUCGGCUCUGUUCGCGUGCGAGACACAGGCCGAGUACGCCAUCAAGUCACUCCUCAAGCCUCUGAUCGACCGCAGAGCGACAGCCAUCGAGGUCAAGCAGGCGGCCGAGGACCGCAAGACCAACGCGAUCCACGAGGAGCUGCGCAGCACCGUCUUCGCGGGCGACUGCUCCAACUGGUACAUUGGAAACUACGGCCGCAACGCCGCGUCGUGGCCGGGCUUUGCGCGCGGAUACUGGUUUGCGACCAUGUUUCCCGACUGGUCGGCCUUUAACAUGACCGGCUCGAGCCCGAUGUGGCCAGUGUAUGCUGUUCGGCGCCACCUGAGGACCAUGUCGAUUUACACCAAGAUGUUUGUCCUUUUGUGCGCCAUCGGGAUGACUCGGGGGAGGCAAUCCACGUUGGAGAGUGUGGUGGCGGUUGUUUAUACGCUGAAGGAUGCUCUGGUGUCGCGACUAUUUGCAUAG